AAGACUUUAAAAUAAUAACCAUGGCCACUCAACAGCGCCAUCAACAUCAACGACUGCUGCAGCGACUGAUAGUACAUUUUGAAGUAAAAUUAAUUUUUUAUAGAUACAAUUUUGUGCAACGAAUAUUCGUAAAGAAAUCCAAAGCUCCCAAAAUUGAUCGGAAAUUUUAGAUCAAAAAAGACGCAAACAUUUUUCACACAAAGCACUCGCCAUCCUUUGGAAUAGCAAGCGCGUGUCAAAAUGUGCUCCACAACACAGUUUUGUUUACUCAAUCUACGCACAUAUUUAAUCUACUUGUGUUGCUAUCUACUUAUAAUGGUGGCCGCAGGUAGUCGUGUAGUUAACGGUUUAAAGUGUUAUUGCAAUCCCAAAGAGUGUGAUGUCAUACGUUCGCUGGAUUGCCCCGGGAAGGGAAUGAUGCUGUGGGAUCCCUGCAAAUGUUGUCGCAUCUGCGCAAAGACACUUGGCGAAACUUGUGGUGGUCCUGGCGGCUUCUCAGGUCAAUGUGAGCCACCGUUACAGUGUGUCACAAAAUUGCCCAUAACUAGUGGAUUGGGUGUUUGCAUGG